CAACUCUCUGCGGGGCGAGUUCGUGCACGACGACGUGUGGGCGAUCGUGAACAACCCGGACGUGCGGGCGGCGGCCCCCUGGGCGGGCGUCUUCGCCAACGACUUCUGGGGCAAGGGCAUGGCCGAGAACACCAGCCACAAGUCCUACCGCCCCCUCUGCGUCCUCACCUUCAAGCUAAACAUAUUGUUGGCUGGUAUGAACCCAUUCUAUUUCCAUGCAGUGAAUGUAAUUUUACACUGUCUAGUGACUCUUGUCCUGAUGUAUACGUGUGACAAAGCUGUAUUCAAGGAUGGUCGACUAGCUUUUGUCACGGCUCUCUUCUUUGCUGUGCAUCCUAUUCACAGUGAGGCUGUAACAGGUAUUGUAGGCAGAGCAGAUGUCUUAGCCUGUCUACUGUUUCUGUUGGCUUUUCUCUCCUAUAAUAGGAGUGUGGAUCAUUUUUAUGUUGGGGAACAUUUCCCUCCCACUGCCUCUCCAUUCUUCUUGCUGCUUAGUUUAUUUCUUGGGACCUGUGCAAUGCUGGUGAAGGAAACUGGAGUCACUGUGUUUGGUGUGUGCUUGGUUUAUGACUUGCUUUUCCUGUCCUACAAUAGACUUAGACUGAGAAAUGGAGGGGUGCAUCAGAGGUUCGCACGGCAGCCUGCGGCUUCUCCAUCUGCUUCGCUGCAGAUUCCUCCAUCCAGCAGGGAGAAUGGGAAGCACCGGUUUGCUCACAAAGGGACCUGGAACUCAUGCCACCCUGCAUCACCUGAAGAGCAACGGAGCAGCAGCCUUUCUGUCUCAAACAAAGCCAUGUGGGCUAUUCUUAGGCCUGACUGCAUCUCAUUUAAGAAGGGCGGAGCCUCUCAAGAGAAGGUUCUUUGCAGUUUGCCAGCUGGAAAAGGCUACCUGACGGCAAGUAACAACCAGAAUUUCUUGUAUACUGCAAGGCCAUUUUUGAAGAGGGCUGCUUUAGUAAUAAGUUAUGUGAUUCUUGUUUUAUAUUUCCGUUUCUGGAUAAUGGGAGGUUCCAUGCCAAUGUUUUCAGAACAGGACAAUCCAGCUUCAUUCUCACCUUACUUACUUACAAGAUUUCUAACUUAUUCGUACCUCCUGGCCUUCAAUUCCUGGCUUCUGCUAGCACCAAUUACUCUGUGCUAUGACUGGCAGGUUGGGAGUAUUCCUUUAAUUGAGUCGAUAUGGGAUGUGAGGAAUUUAGCUACAGUUCUCCUGGUGGUGGUUAUGAUAUUACUCAGCUUACAUUGCAUAACAGCAUUCAAGAAACUGGAACAUAGAGAAGUUUUAGUUGGCUUGUUGUUCCUGGUUUUCCCAUUUAUCCCAGCCAGCAACCUCUUCUUCAGGGUGGGAUUUGUGGUGGCAGAGCGAGUCCUUUACAUGCCAAGUAUGGGGUACUGUAUCCUUUUUGUCCAUGGUUUGAAAAAGCUCUGUGCCUGGUUAAAUAGAUGGGGAGCUACUGCCCUGACCCUCUCUGCUUUGCUGCUGCUGCUGCUGUUCUCUUGGAAAACUGUGAAACAGAAUGAAAUCUGGUUGUCAAGAGAAUCCCUCUUCAGCUCAGGUGUGCAGACUCUGCCCCAUAAUGCCAAGGUGCACUACAACUAUGCCAAUUUUCUGAAAGACCAGGGUCGUAACAGUGAAGCCAUCUAUCACUACAAAACUGCCCUCAAAUUGUAUCCUCGUCAUGCGAGUGCCCUGAACAACCUCGGCACGUUGACCAAAGACUUGGUGGAAGCAAAGGAAUACUACAGAAGAGCUCUUCAGUUAAACCCACAGCAUAAUCGAGCUCUCUUCAAUCUUGGAAAUCUGCUCAAGUCCCAAGGGAAGAAAGAGGAAGCUGUGUUCUUAUUGAGAGAUUCCAUUAAAUACGGUCCAGAGUUUGCAGAUGCUUACUCAAGCCUUGCUUCCCUGUUGGCUGAACAGGAACAAUUUAAAGAAGCCCAGGAGGUUUAUCAGGCUGGGAUAGAGAAUUGUCCAGAGAGCUCUGAUCUGCAUAAUAACUAUGGUGUUUUCUUAGUUGAUACUGGGGCUCCUGAGAGAGCAGUGUCCCACUACCAGCAGGCCAUCUGGCUCAGCCCAAACCAUUACGUGGCCAUGGUGAACCUGGGCAGGCUCUACCGCUCUCUGGGGCAGAACAAAGAGGCUGAAGCUUGGUACAAACGAGCGUUGAAAGUAUUGCGGAAGGCGGAAAUUCUGUCCCCACUGGGAGCUCUCUACUACAACACGGGGCGGUAUGAAGAAGCUUUACAGGUUUACAGGGAAGCCGCAGCACUGCAGCCUUCAAACAAGGAGAUUCGACUGGCCCUGGCACAGGUUUUAGCAAUGAUGGGACAAACAAAGGAAGCUGAAAAAAUGACUAACCAUAUUGUGACUGAAGAGGCCGAGUGCCUAGAAUGCUACCGCCUUUUAUCAGCAAUCUACAGCAAGCAGGAGCGUUACAGCAAGGCCCUUGAAGCUAUAGAUAAAGCUCUGCAGCUAAAUCCAAAGGAUCCAAAAGUCAUAUCGGAGCUCUUUUUUACUAAAGGAAAUCAGCUAAGAGAACAAAACCUUCUUGACAAGGCUUUUGAGAGCUAUAAAGUGGCUGUGGAGCUGAAUCCAGAUCAAGCUCAGGCAUGGAUGAACAUGGGAGGGAUUGAGCAUAUCAAGGGAGACUACAUCAAUGCACGUAGCUAUUACGAGAAAGCUUUACAGCUGGUUCCAAACAGCAAGCUGCUGAAGGAGAAUCUGGCUAAACUGGAUCGCUUAGAGAAACGAUUGCAGGAAGUCCAGGAGAAAGAUCAGACGUAGCUAGUGGAAGGAGCUCCGUGCCCCUUGCAGAAGAAAGAGAAGUGGAAGCCCAUUGGCAGAAGUGACACAGGAGGAACUGUGAUGUGACUCAGAAUUAAGGAGGGCAAAUUUGGGGCGCACAUUUGUGCAUCACCAGAGUUGCCGGAGACCCUUCAUUUCUAUAGGGUAUGCUGAAGAAUGAGUGAAAACCCUGUUUUAAUCAAGAUUUGUGUUUGGGUUGGAUGCAUAUCACUUGCCAUUAGUGCUGUAAGUGGGAGAUGCACCUUUGAUGUCCUGGUCUCUCACUUCCCAAGCUGGGUGGGCUGUAGAGGCAAAGUUCUCAUCCACUGGCAAGGGAUGGAGCAGUGCCUCUUGUUAGUCAACAUUCACCCACUUAAGGAAGUACUAUUAAUAGUCUCUAAAGCAUUCCCCAUAAAGUCCUCCUCAGCCAGGACGAUGGUGACAAUUAUCAGCAGAGAGCAUCAAAAGUCGUUACAAGGUUAAAACUGGGAGAAAUGGUGGCCAUUUUUAGGUCUCCAACAAUGACUUGAAAAUGACCCCAAGGAAAUGGAGAAUUAUGUCUGGACAUGGCCGUCUCUGAAAGUGAUGAUUCUCUGACUAGGGCUGUUUUUGAGGAAAAACCUCAGUUGAAUGUUUUACUCGGAAGAUAAUCAUUUUUGUAACUAUUCAAAUCAUGAUAUCACAGAAUUGUCAGAAAUCACAUGACUUUUUUCACCCAAUCAGAAUUAUAAUUUCUAUGAAGAAAUUGGAACUGUCCAAUGGAAAUGUGGAAUUCUUUAAUGGGUCCACCUCCCUCCCUUCCUCCCUCUCCCCCGCCCCCACAAAAAAAUCUAUAUUUUUAAAUAUUGAGUGGAAAGGCAAGUUUGCUUCAGAAUAUGGACAUUUAUUUUUGAGCGUUAUUUAUUUUUAACUUAUAAUAAAAUGUUUAAUAUAUUUUACUCUGUUUAUAAGAGUUGGACAACAUCCCUCACAACUAGCAGUGUGGCCUGUGACUGUUGCUUUUAUUGUAUAAAGUUAGAAAAUACGGCACCACAAGGCUGUGUUUGAAUAAUUCUCCCUGCUGAUAUUUCUAAAGCAAUUGGAUGUUGGACCAAAUUUUCAUUACAGCAGUGCCACGCCCAUUGAUAUGUAGGGUUGCACCAGUUCAGCUGAGAUGAGCAUUUGAUCUGUUGUUAUAGUAGAGGUAGCUGAGAAGGUUAGAUGGGGCAGUGUAGUGAUAUUCUGCCCUUUCACUCUGGACAGCAGCUCAUCUCACAAGUUUAUUGUUUUCAUCUUAGCCCCCAUCAUGAAACCAUCAUACAGUUUGUUUCAGCCUGAUUGCCAUGUCUUUGCCGAAGAGAAGCCCAGGUCAUGGAAUUAAUAGCGGGUGGUUCAGGUUGGGACUGAAGUGCAUUGAUACAGCUCGAUCAGGGAAAUCUUGCAUGGCAAUGGCACAUGGCUUUAACCAGUGC